GGAACGAACAUGACUGGAAUGGACAUGGGUGGAGUUUUCUUCUGAAAGCCUCUUCGUGAUUGAUGGCUUGGUGGAGCUGAGAGGCGAUUUCUCGUAUCGGCGCGGGAUCUCGAAUUCUCGAUGCAGUUAAAACCAGCAUUGGCCGUCCGCGCUGACUUUUCUCCCUUUGACCUGCCCUGACUUGCAAACACAUUCGUUGUUCCUUACACUCGCUUCAGUCGCUCGUUUGCACAGAAUCCAAAGCGGAAAAGGUUCAUCUCACACUCACUUCAAGUCUCCCAUCGGAGGAAAACAAGAACAAUCACCUCCCGCAAACCAACCGUCGACUCACCAGCAAAAUGCGCGCCACAAUCCUCCCAACCGCCCUCUUGGCAGCCUGCUUCCAGCUCGCCAGCGCCAUCACCAUCACGUCCCCCUCUAAGGGCGACGUGGUCGACAUCUCCUCAGGCGCGACCGUGUCCUGGUCGCGCGUCAACACCGACCCGACCAGCGCCCACCUGUUCCUGGUCAACAUGGCCUCAGGCAACACCCCGUUCAGCAAGGACCUGGGCGAGAUUGACCUCUCCAGCCAGGACAGCAUCACCGUCUCGGAACAGGGCGUGCCUGAUGGCGAGGGCUACCAGUUCAACUUGCAGAGCAUCGCCGCGGGGAAUACGGGCAUUUUGGCGCAGUCGGAGCAGUUUGAGGUUAAGAAUGGUGCUGGUGGGGAUGAGUCGUCUUCGUCGGCUACUGGGACUGCUACUACCAGCAUGACCAGCAGUGCUGCGGCUGGCGAGACGGGUACCACGCUGACGACUACUACGACUGGUACGGCUACUGCGACUACGACCUUCUCGACGGCGGUUUCGUCUGGUGCUACCGGAACGAGCGGCGGUGCCGGCAACGGUGCUGGUGCUUCCUCGACGGGCUCUGCGGCGGCGUCUUCCAGCACCGCGGCCGCCCCGGCUGGCAUGGCUGUGCAGGGAGGUAGCAUGCUGGCUCUCGUGGCUGGUGUGCUAGCCGUCAUUGCUUAAGUCAAGCUACUUGCUGUGAAAGGGUAGUAAAAGGGACGGUUGGAGCAGAGGAUGGAGUUGUUACGAUACAUGUACUGGAUAGACUAAUACGACGGUUGGAGAUGAGACUUUAGGUCUUGAUCUGUCCGCAGGCCCGCUAUGUCCCUCCCUCUCUGUGUGAUGUGACGGGUAGAAGGUCAUACAAUGUCGGCUCUAGUCCGUGAUGAUCUAUACUCAUCGGGUUUGUAAGGUUUGUAACAAUGAAGCUUGGUCUUGGUCUUGGUCACUCGAAGGGGUCACUUGCAAAGAGAGGCAAGUCUCAGGUCUGGUCAUUAUCGUCAAUUCCUA